UCGUUCCCCCUUUUUAGUAGCAACAGGUGUUUUGAUCGAUCUGGAACGCGACAGUGCGCUCUCAGUGCCCGAUUCGAUUUUGUUUGUUAAAUUUCAAGAAAUGACAAUGUGAGUGAGUGUCAUUGUGGCAUCAUGGAUUAUAUUUUCAAUUUUGGAUAAUUUUUUGAAUAAUGCCAUCCCAAGAUGCCACUCGCGACUCUACUCCUUAGAGAAGAAACCGCGUCGUCUCUCUCCACCUUGGUCGAAAAAUCGCAACACCGCAAGCCGCCCCUCCCUUCGUACGACCUCCACCUCACCCCCACCCACCUGGACCUCACCCCCCUCCCCCCAGAAACCCCCGACGAGGGCUUCGAAUCGGACAUCGACAGCCUCUCCAUCGUCUCCAGCGAUGGAAGCGAAACGAAAACGACCGAAACCGACAGCGCAAACGGCUCGGCAAGCUCCGACAGCGACACGGAAACCCCCGAACUGACCCGAUCCCGUACCGAAUCCCACAAUCUAGUCGACUGUGUUUGCUACACCGAUGUGAAAUUCCCCGACGUUCUAAUUUUCGUCAUCAAAAACUCAACACUUGUCUUCAAAUUCGACAAUUUAGUCACGUUGAAAAACUUCUAUUUGAAUUUUACCGCCGUUAAAGCCGUAACCAAUCAGAAGGCUUACAACAAAAACGGCGCCAAAUUCAAUUUAUUGCAACGAACUGACAACAAUGGCGUCACACAUAUUGAAAUAACACGCGAACCUGAACUCUCGAAAAUACUAAACACACCAACAACGCCAUCUAGUAUCAUUAGUUUGAACACACCGGAAGUCCUAGUCACCCCCCCACUCCGGAAAGUGUGGUCAUCUGCUGAUGACCUUCUCUCCCCGAAACGCCCAGAAAGGCGUAAAAAAGUCAAAGGUCGGGCACCGCCCCCUCCCCCCACUCCUGAUAUCCUCCGCGGGGAGUACGUCCGAGUCAAUGUCAACACCACCAAAGACAAGGAUUUUAUCGCCAAAAGUCAACUCAAAGAAAAGAAACCGGUUAAACCGAACCUUGUAGCACUUUUCAAACCGGUUAAAACCGAACCGGUUUGGAGCAAUUCCUUGAAGAAGCAAAGGAGUAAGAGCGAAACGAGGUGUUUCACUCCCAUGGCCUAUAGAUAUAUUGAUACGGCCCCCACUUACUCCCCCAUGGGGAAUAGGCUUUUUGGGUUGUCGUCCAAAUUGAGGGAUUUUGGAGAGGUGAGAGAGUGUCGGUGGAAUAGUGUCGCAGAAUUGAAUUAUAAAGAAGGGAAUUUGAAGAGUGUGAUCAAGAAAGAAGAAAGUAAAAAGAAGAAUGAGAAGAAAGUUACUUUUAGUGCCUACACGACGGUGCAGGUUGUCUGAAAGGAGGAAUUUUGUACUGAUUUAUUACUGUUCUUGUAUAUUUCUAGCUUAGUUUGUGUAAAUUCUACUUAAAAGUAAAUAAAUAUGUAUAUAAUCUA